AGGAAAAAUACCAUCCACCCCUACGAUGCCAUCUGCUACAGUUCAAGGGAUGAACUCCACAAGCAAGCCGGAAAACUCACCGCUCACCUCUGAGAGACCACACAGCACUGGUCAAAGCACCACCGCUUCAAGCAACCUGAGAAACACAUCACCCACCCCUGCAAUAUCACCUACCACAGUUCAAGAGACCAAACUUACAAGCAAACCAAGAAACCCAGUACCCACCCUCACGACAUCGCCUCAGCAGGUCAUCCCUUCAGCCAGCUCCAGACCCUCAACAACCAAACCUCCUGCAAUCUUCAGCACUGCCCAGCAGAAGACUAGCACUCCAGCAAGUUUGGGAAGCUUGGCAGCCACCACUCCUGGAAGUGCAGUCCUCACUCCUGCGAACAGCUCUGCAACCACCUCAGGAGGUUUAGGGACUGAUGCCACAUCCCAUUCCACCACGGAAGGUCCAACAAGCCAGCCUUCAGACCAGUCGAACAGCACGACCGCGAGCAGCGGCAUCCCAAAGAACAACCUUACCCCUGGGCUCAAGGACGAUGGUGUCUCUUCUCCCACAUUUGUCACCAAGCUGCCUCACUCUUCUUCCAGUUCUCCAGGCCAGGGACUGGCCUCUUCCACCAGACCUGGAAGCAUCAAUACUUCUGUUACGCCUUUUGAUGGAGCUGUGUCCCCCACCAGUACUAAAGCGUCUCUGCCUUCGUCACCUGGCAGCAUGGACAAGGUCUCAGAGGCAGCCACCACGUCAACUCCUGGAGCAGACCAGAAAAGCCAUGACGCCGGAUCUGCGUCAACCAAACCUGCAAGUACUGACCAAAGCCCUGCCAGUGCACAGCCAUCAGCCCCAGCCCUGGGGGACCAGACGGCGAGCAGCAGUCCUCACUACCAGCACCCUAACACUUCUUUCCAAAAUGAGGUCAUCUGUAAAGACGAGGUACAAAAUAAUUGGCCCACCAUGUAUCUGAAAGAAGCGAAAACCUGUGCUGAGUGGAGGACCGCCAGCAUCAACAUCUCCUUCUUCGAGAGCUUCUGCUCGACGGGCCAGCACGCUUUCAACGCCAGCAGGGAAACGUGCACGGUGAUGCUGACCUCCCGUGAGCCCCACUCCCAGCACUGGGCCGUGCGGGCGGUCUUGCACCUCCCUUUGGACCCCGAAAAAGUCCUCGAGGAGCUGCAGGAGAAGGAUAAGUUAGAGGAGCUGGGCAUCGCCAACAUCACCUAUGGCAAAAUGGAGAGGGAGAUGAUAAUCAACGAUGAGUUCAGCACACCCCUGAUCAUCACCAUCAUCACCCUGGCUGGCUCCCUGCUGCUGAUCGCGGCCAUCUACGGCUGCUGCCACCAACGCUUUUCCCAAAAGAAGGACCAGCACAUCCACCCUGAUCUCCCCGGGUUUGAUGAUGGACAUGUGGCCCUGAUCUUUAACCAGCGCCUGACCGAGGAGCUGCAGACGAUGGAGAACGGCUACCACGAUAAUCCCACGCUGGAGGUGAUGGAGACCUCCUCUGAAAUGCAGGAAAAGAAAGUGAACCUCAACGGCGAGCUGGGGGACAGCUGGAUCGUUCCUCUCGACACCCUCAUGAAGGAGGACCUGGAGGAAGAGGAGGACACACAUUUAUAG